AUUGAGUCUAUCAGUGUCAGUAUUGUUUACUCGGUCAGCUGGGACAGGAAGAGACUAUUUAACAAUGGAUUAUUAUAUUCUUUGACAAAUAAGGUCAAGACGGCAGGAUGUCGUUGUUAUGGAAAAAAUUCCGUAAGGCAGGUGGAGGAGGAAGCAGCAGCCCUAAUCAUACUGGCCUUGUGGAAGAUAGGGUUGUUACUCAGUCUCCAUCCCACAGAGGAAUUGUGUUGCAUAAAGGGCCAGAGGCUGUGUUGAAAUUAUCAGAUCAGCACUCACUCACUCCUAGGUAUAUCACAGAGCCUGAUGAACAGCUUUUUUUGUCAGAUGCAGGUGAUGGAGUAGAAGACCCAUUAAUGGUUGAAUCUCAGUUUGUGAAAACAGUAUCCGACAUAUUCAGCAGUCAUUCAACGCUUCCAUACUUCUUACAGUUUUUGCAAGGAUGGGGAUCAGAUAAGUAUGCUAGGUUUUGGCUUGAUGUUACUAGUUUCAAAGCAUCAGCAGAGACACAUAUUCACACUAAUGAUACUCAUCUUUAUGAAAAGAAACUUGUAGGUGAAGGUUGCCUAAGUGAUAGUGAUAAGGGAAGAUGCUGCAACAAAGAUAAAACUGUUGUAAAGCACACAGAAAGUAUUAGUGUUGUGACCUGUCCUCAGUUAGAUGUAUGUGACAAAAGUUUGAUAAGUUUUAAAAGUGAAGUGAGCUCACAUGGGAAGCGGUUAGUAUUACCAGAUUUAGUAAGCAAUAUUAAAACGGCUGCCAAUGUCACACCAUUAAACUCUCCUGAUGGUCCAUCCCAUGUGCAGAAUUAUGUUAGUCCGUUUCCUGGACAAUGGAGUGAUUGGCGCUCAAGUGAAAUUUCAGAUACAAAGCUAAACAGUAUGAUGAAGGAAGAAUUGUUUCAGCCAAAUAGUGAGCCUUUAACAUUCUCAGUGAAAGGUGAGAGUAGUGUUAUGCUUUCAAAUUCAUUGACUCUAUCAAGAGCCCAGAAGUUAAGACAAAGCAUUGCUGAUGAUGCUUUAAGAAUUUUCCAGAAGUAUAUUUCACAAGAGGCUGAGCUGUCCAUUGGUGUAGAUGACUCAACAAGGGAGGAAAUACACCAGAAGAUUUGUGUGACAAAACAGGACAUCAGCUCAGACUGCUUUGAAUCAGCUCAAGUGAUUGUAUUUAACCACAUGGAGAAAGAGUUUUUGCCUAAGUUCUUGGCCAGUGAUUAUUACCUCAAGCACCAAAUAGAUGUUCUAACAAGUGGAUCUGUGCGGUUAGCAGAUAUUCUCUAUAGUGAUUCUGCUUUACCUUACUUCAUGGAGUAUGUGGAACAAGAAGGUGGAAGAAAUAUGCUCCAGUUCUGGAUUGCAGCUUCCAAUUUUCGCCAGCAAUUAAUGGAUGAAUCAACAUCAUAUGAUGCUCUACAGACUCAGUCUGAUGCUAUGGUGCUUUAUGAUAAGUACUUUUCUUUGCAAGCCACAUGUCCUCUUGGGUAUAGUGACAAUGUGCGUUUUAUUGUAGAGGGUAACAUCUGUCGAGAGGAAGGCCCUUCACAUUUCUGUUUUGAUCUGCCUCUGAGGGUGGUGUUGCACGUAUUAGAAAGGGAUUUCUUGCCAGGUUAUUUGUCUUCCAGCCUGCACAUUAAAUAUUUGAGCGAGCUCAUAAAUACAGUUAAAACUAGUGUAGAAUUGUUGGGUCGCAAAAAACGUUCAGGAUCUGAAAGCACAUGUUCAAGUGAGCAGAGCAGUAGUCAAGGUAUAAGUUCGCAAAAUACUCUUUUGGCUAUGGACUCUGCUCCACAUCGAUUCAGAAACUUGGAUGACCCAACAUUAGCCAUGAGGAUUGAUGAGGCUCAAAUCACUGAUCCAGAUUCUCUUUGGCGGCGAAAAAAUUUCAGCAAAAUGAGCUGUGGUUUCAUCAAUGAACUUGGGAGAUUUGAAUCUGAUCUCCAGCCAGAACCAGAUCGUAAGACUGAGUCAAAGAUCUCCCGUACACUUAAGAAGUUUGUAAAUAUGGAUGAGAUUAAAGUUAAGGAGGAUAUGGCCUACAAAGUUGCUGAGAUGAUCAUUAAAGAUGUGACAAGCAUCACGCUGGGCUCACAGCAUAGCAGCACGCGGUCAAGUGUCACAUCAUCAGUGCCUCCUCUCUCUCCGUCAUCAGUUUCACAAGACAAUUUAAGUGAUGUAUUCCCUUCAUGAUAACCUGUUUAAAAAGAAGGAGUCUCUUCUUUAAAUGGGGUGUAUAAAAUCUUGUUAAUGUUUGUAAACCCAAAGAAACAUUCUUACUUUCUGGUAACUACUGAUGUGGGAUUUCAUCCAGAUUUAGUUUUACAUUACAGUGUAGUUAAAUAUUUUGAACUGUGCUACACAUUGGCUUUGAAGGUUUAUACAGUGCUUGAAAAUAAUUAUUUAUAAAGUUUUUUGAAAUAUUUCCUUUUCAGAAAAUUUAACAUUUAAAGAAAAAAUUAAAUUCAGUGUUUUAAUACUGUUUUAACACAAUUGACAAUCUUACUGGCUUUGUGUUUCAGUUAAGUGCAUGCUGACAAAACUUUAUGAUCAUACACUGCUUUUGCUAUUAAUAAUACUUUAUGUUGAGGUAUUCAUAAACUGCUAUACUAAGUAUCAAGAAAAUUUUCUAAUUAUAAUAGGCACAGAAUAUCUCCUGUAUAAUUGCCUUAAAACCUGAGUCUCUUUCCGGAGAGUUGUGAUAUUUUUGGGUGAUGAUGAGAGAACCUUUCCCAUUUACAAUGAUAUUUAUAUUAAUGGUGUCAUGUACGUAUAUGAUUUUGGUUGUCAUGAGUAUUUUAUUUUAACCCUAGCAUAUGGUGAAUGGUGGAAUUCAGGCUAUGAACACAGAGUUGAAUAAUUUGUAUGGUCUUCAAGGUUUUAAUGAUUGAAGGGCUUUUAUUUGGUCAGGUUGUCAAGGCUUCAGUGCUGCCUGCUGUGCCUAGAAGUUUCCCAAAUAAAAGAAGCAUAACUUGGUGCUCUCUCUCUCUCUCUCUCUCUCUCUCUCUCUCUCUCUCUCUCUCUCUCUCUCUCUCUCUCCCCCCCCCCCUCUCUCUCUCUCAUGUGCAUAGAUAUUACUUUGUAGCCAUAUGUUCCACAAACCUGUGAAUCUCUAAUAAAUAUACUGCAAGAAAUUAACAUAGGACAUUGUGUUCUUUAUUCCAGCCAUAUUGGGGAAAUCAGCAGAGUUGGCGGAGAGAAAAUGAAGAUAGAUAUCUGGCAUUGUUGUAAGCACAGGACUCCUUAGCUUUGUUAGGUGUCUUUUGUGUUGGAAUUUUUGUGCUGGCACUGAAAGGUCGUCUAUUUGUACUUUUUUAUCCAUUUGGUUUGUAUUGAUACACAGUUUCAGGGUGUUCACAGUUAAAGAUAUAAUAGCAUAACAUCAAUAAAUUCUAUGUACGUAAUUGGAUUUUUAAUAUAGUACUUUGUCAUUGUGCUUGGUGUGAUAAGGCAUUGAGUGUAAGCAAAAAAAUUACUUCAUAAAAGGUUUGUGGCAAGCUGAUGAGCAGUUACUAUGUUCUAAAUAUUUUAUACAUUUUGAUGAAUAUUAGUUGGAAUGUCAGUGUCCUAUUUGGUUCUUAACCCACUUGAAAAUUUCAGGUUUUCUAUUUUUUUUAAUCCAAAUAAUGUUAGAUUCAAUGCUUUUUAACCUUUUUAUUCUCUCUCAAAAGCCAAAUACAUAUGGAAUUAUACUCUUCAAGCUAAGUUUUAUAAAUAUAAAGCUAAGUUUUAUAAAUAUAUGGUCAGAUGCAUAAUGUUGGUGGUAUAUAGUAGGUAAUUUUUUGUUUGUCACUACUCCACCGGCCAUAUAAAUGCCUAUGUUUGUGACCUAGUGUUCCCAUAAGUUUGGUAGUCCUUUGUCUGAUUUUGCUCACCUGGAGCCACUGGUAUGCAAAUCACCUUUCUGACUUUUUGUAAAACUGCAUUGUUGUUAAAAGCCAUGUUCAUUGUUCAUUGGGUGUUUGCUUUGCAGCAGGACUGCCUAUUACUAAUCAUGUCACAUUUCCCCUUAUUUCAUUAGCAUUUUUUUCAAUACAUUUUCUCUUGAAAUGCUCUCACUAAUUGGUGAGAGUGAAUUCUACAUUUAGCAAGUACUGAUUGAUCAUCAUUAUACUACGUAUUGCCAUUUUGUUGGAUUUUUGGCUUUUAAGGUGCAGCUGUCUGGGAGGGAGUAAAUAAUCUUCUAAACACCGUGAUAUUGUAAACCUUCAAUCCUCAGUGACGAGCUCUGUCAGAUAUGGUCGAACUCCGGGUAGGUCAAAUAAAAAUACGGAUAUAAAUCAGCAACUCUGUACCCUUGUACCCCUACUUUGUCAAUGCUGCAUAGCCAGCAAACAUCACAAGUUAAACUGAAAACUUGGUACAAAAGGCAAUAGGGUAGCUUAUUUUUCAAUAUUUUUAACAAAAAAUAUAUGUACAUCAUAAAUAAUUAAUAAAAACAAAAAAGCAAACCUAUAUUUUUGGGCACAGUU